UCUGGACACAGUUGGUGCUAUUCUUCGCAAAUAAUAUCAUGUCGGUGCAGCUACUUUGCACAUCGCGUGCUUUUAGAAAAGCAGCAUUACAAUUGAAAAAUGCGAAAAGCUAUACCACAAAAGUGACGCCAGGCCAGCAACUGCAUGGCUACCGUGUGCAGCAAGUGCGUUCUGUUCCGGAAUUGGAGCUGACAGCCGUUGCUCUGCAACACGAAGCCACCGGUGCGCAGCACUUGCACAUUGAUCGAGACGAUGUCAACAAUGUGUUUGCGGUUGGAUUUGGUACGCCUGUGAAAGAUAGCACGGGCGUUCCUCAUAUUCUUGAACAUACUACUUUGUGUGGAAGUCAACAGUAUCCUGUUCGCGAUCCCUUCUUCAAAAUGUUGAAUCGCAGUCUUGCAACUUUUAUGAACGCUUUUACUGCGGCGGAUUACACUAUCUAUCCCUUUGCAACUACGAAUCCCGUCGAUUACGCAAACUUGCGAAGCGUGUAUAUGGAUGCUGUAUUCCAUCCUCGUCUAGAAAAGUUGGAUUUCAAGCAAGAGGGUUGGCGACUGGAGCACGAAGUACCCACAGAUGCCAGCACACCUAUUCAGUUCAAGGGUGUCGUCUACAACGAAAUGAAAGGACAAACGUCCGACGCAAACUAUCUGUAUUAUUCUCAGGCGCAGCAAGCCAUGUUCCCGGGAACUACGUAUGAACAUCUUAGUGGUGGUGACCCACCAGCCAUCACCAAUCUUAGCUAUGAACAAUUGCUCGAAUUCCACCAAAGUCAUUAUCAUCCAAGUAACGCACGCUUUUACACUUAUGGCAAUUUCCCGCUCGAAGAUCAUUUAUCGGCUAUUGGCAAAGAGUUACAAAACUAUGCUGCAGUUAAACCACCUCAUGUUAAUAAGAUUGUACAGCCUUGGACGGGUCCCAGAACUGUGACUGGCAUGUGCGCCUUGGAUCCCUUAAGUCCUCCAGACCGACAGACCAAGCUAUCUUUAUCAUUCCUGGCAAACGACUCCAAUGAUGUAUUCGAGAAUUUUUCAAUGAAGCUACUGUCUUAUCUGUUGCUGGAUGGACAUGCUUCGCCAAUGUAUAAAGCCUUGAUUGAUACAAAUUUGGGCUCCGAGUUUUCGGCGAACACUGGCUACGAUAACUCAACUAGAUCGGCCUGUCUCUCGAUCGGUCUGCAAGGCGUGAAGGAAGACGAUGUUCAGCUGGUUCAAGAACGGAUUCGCUCGGUGCUGAAACAGGUCAAGCAGGAAGGAUUCGAUGCCAAACGUAUCGAAGCCGCUAUUCAUCAGAUGGAACUAGGACAAAAGCAUAAAACUGCUGAUUUUGGUCUCACUAUUAUGCACGGUAUUUCCUCGGAUUGGUUCAAUGGAGUCGAUCCAAUCGAUUUGCUGGAGAUCAACAAGAACAUUGAUCGUCUCAAACAUGAGCUUAGCCAGGGCAAUUUCUUUGAAUCCCGCAUCGAAAAGUAUCUUUUGAACAAUCCUCAUACGCUGACGUUCAUCAUGCGCCCUGAUGCACAGUAUUCAUCGAAUCUUGUAUCGGAGGAGAAUGCACGUUUGGCCAAGAAAGUCAGCGCCUUGACAGAAGCUGACCGAAAGGAAAUUUUGGAAAAAGGCAAAGAGCUCUUGUCGAACCAAGACAAAACAGAAGACCUUUCCUGCUUGCCUACCCUCCAUCUUGAGGAUAUCUCCAAGACGGUCAAACGUACAGCUUUAGAUCAUACGGGGCUGUGCAAUACACCCAUUCAGUGGAGAACCACCGCUACCAAUGGUAUCACCUAUUUCCGUGCCAUCAGCACGUUGCCUCAGCUGUCAGACGAUUUGAAAUUGUAUCUGCCCUUGUUCUGCGAUGCUCUGCUUUCCUUGGGCACCAAAUCUCAGUCCAUGGCCGAGAUUGACGAGGAAAUUCGCUUGUAUACCGGAGGUCUCCGGGCUUCAACUACAGUAUCGACUAACCACUCUGAUAUCGACCAUAUGGAGGAAGGUGUUGCUCUCACAGGCAACUGUCUGGAUCGCAACAUCGAUAAGAUGUAUGACAUCUUUAUGAAACUGGUCCAUGAUACGAAUUUCGAUGAUGUGGAAAAGCUCAAGACGUUGAUUGUUGGUAACGCGUCGGGCCUUGUGAAUUCGAUUGCAGAUUCGGGCCACGUAUUCGCCCGAACCUAUGCUAGCUCCAUGCUGACCCCUGCCAUGCAAAAUGCGGAGAUACUUUCCGGAAUGAGUCAAGUCGCUUUCAUGAGCCAACUGGCGGCCACCGAAGAUCUGUCAAACGUAGUAGCCAAACUAAAGGAGAUCUCAUCUCUUGUUUUGAAACAGGGGUCCUUGCGUGUGGCGGUGACGUGUGGUGAAGAUGCUAUUUCAACCAACGAAAAAUCAUUGAUCAAGUUUAUUUCGAGUCUGCCCGAACAGGGCAAGGCAUCUGUGUCGGAAUCUAAGGUGUUUGUACCUCAAUUUAGAAAGACAUUCUUCCCGUUGCCGUUCUCGGUCAACUUUUCAGCCAAGGUCCUCCGUGGUGUCCCCUACACACAUCCUGAUGGUGCCAAACUUCAGGUGUUAUCGUCAUUAAUGACAACCCACUAUUUGCACCGAGAAAUUCGAGAAAAGAACGGCGCUUACGGUGGCGGUGCUCGUUACGCUGGUUUGGGAGGUUUAUUCUCAUUUUAUUCUUACCGAGAUCCUCGCACGCUCGAAACCUUGGACACUUACAGUUCAUCUGUGGAUUGGGUGCAGAAGAGACAAUUUACGGAUCAGGAGAUUACUGAAGCCAAGUUGUCUAUUUUCCAAAGUGUGGAUGCUCCUCAAAACGUAUCGGAGGAAGGCAUGUUCCAGUUUGUACAUGGCAUAUCCGAUGAAAUGAGACAAUGGCGUCGAGAAGAACUAUUACAAGUAACUCAGAAGGAUAUUAAAGAAAUGGCGGAACGGUAUCUUGUAGGAUCUGUAUCUCGAAACGAAUAUUCUACCACUAUUCUGGGCGAGGUUACUGACAAGAUUAGUGCUGAAAAUGGAUGGGAUAUCAAACAGUGGGGCUCCCCCUCACUAUAAAAUAAUCCUCGAUUAACUAGGCCGAUAGAGAGAAAAGCAGAAAAAAGAAAAUUUACCUAAAGCAUAUUAAAAAAAGAAAGACAAUUUUACAAGGCUGGGAUUACCUUAUUUCCUAUUUUCUCAGGGUUUGACCUCAUAGCUACUUGUAAAGGCACUCUUAAAUUUUUUUUUCCUCUUUUGGUGGGUUGCUCAAAAAUUCAAGGUCUUGCUUCUCCUACCCAAAUGCAGCUGAC